ACAAGUUCAGAAUAUCUUUUCACAACAUUCUCUCCCCAGCUCAACAUGUCCUCCGACCGCCCCAACGAGUCCGAACCACUCCUCCCUCUCCCGAACACGACCCCGACCCCAUCCCGACUUGCGAGGCGGUACAUCACCUCUCCUGAUACACAUACCGCCCCUCUCUCCUCUCUUUCUCCCGGUUCUAGCGGCACGGGUCCAGGACAGAAACCAUUCGGCGGGAAUGCAAAUGGAGAUCUAGACGACGGCAGCGACGACGACGACGAUGAAGAGGAGGAAGAGGGUGGGAGCCAGCCAAGAGGGAAGCUGGAUAAAGGGAAAGGCCGAGCCAUCGACCCGGACGCUUACCCAUCUUCAUCCGACUCCAAGAACCGCGAUCUACCUAGUAGUUCCCAUCCCCAACCCCAACUCGACGGAGACAGAAAUAGAAACAGACAGAUCACCAUCAUCUUCUCCAACACACCUCGUCCCAACCUUCCCCUCUCAAUCACCCCCACCACAUCCAUCUCCCAACUCAAAUCCCACAUCCGCUCGUCCCUCCCUGACGAACUCGAGGGGCGAAACCUACGCUUAAUCCAUUCGGGACGGAUGUUGAGCGACGGAGUGAGGAUAGUGCCUUGGGUAGAGGCUAUGGAGGAACGUGUAAGGCGACAGGCGGAAGGGGCGGUGGAAGGGGUAGUGAGAGAGGUGAAGGGGCAUCGUGGUGGGUUGGAGGAUGGAGAAAGAGGAGGAAAAGGGGGGAAGGAGAUGAUUUGGAUUCAUUGUAUCGUUGGUGGGAAAGAAGAGGCUAUCAAGGCCGAGGUUUCAGAGGCUGCACCGACAAUGCCUAGACGGAGAGGAUUCGAUGUGCUGCUCGAUUCUGGAUUCUCUGCCGAUGAUGUUGCGCAUAUGCGACGUCAAUUCUACGAGGGUCGAGGGGAGGAAGUACCCGAUGAAGUUGGUACGGGCGAUCUCAAUGAUGAACACGCGAGAGCCCUGGAAGAACAGUGGAUAGAAGGUGAUCUCUCUGCUGAUACAGCCACCACUUCAGCAGAAGGAGUUUACAUGUCCAUCCUCCAUGGUUUACUUGUAGGGUUCUUAUUUCCGUUAAUGGGGUGGUUCUUCAUUCGAGAAUCGUUACCUAAUUUCUUCGAUGCCGAGGCGGAAGCGCAAGCAGAGUUGGCUGGUGGUGGAUAUGGCGGUGAUGGUGGCGGCGAUGGCGGCGGUGACGGUGGAGGACAGGGUGGGCUCAGAGUGGGGACGGAGCGGAAUGGGCUGAUAGGUGGGAGGAAUAGUACAAGAGGGGGAAAUCUGCGACAAGGCGAGCAAACCCGAGAUCAGGAUCGACGGGAGGAUCAAUCGAACGGGAGGUCGCAGGCUGCUUCCACUCCCAACCUAAACGCCAACGCCAACGCCAACGCCAACGCCAACGCCAAUGCCAACGAUGAACUUGGUCGACAAGUGAGCGCGAGGGUAGCUGCCAACUUUGCCGUAGGCGGGAUGACCGUUCCAACAUUGAUUUUCGGGAAGAGAAUGCAGAUGGGCAUGUUGUUUGGGACUUUACUCAACCUUGCUUUUGGGGCGAUAAGUAUGCUGUAUUAAGAAGAAGAGGAUCUUGAUGUACCAAGUUUAGUUAGUGCCACUGUGAUGAUAUAGUUGGUUGUAAUUGUACUCGUAGACCAAUGUUGUCAGAUCAUCAGGUUAGAUUAGAUCAGACCAGACAAGCUGGAAUAGAGCAGGGCAAGGCGAAAUAUACUUGACAUAUCAAACAUCCAAGGACCAUGACCCUCGAGGCCAUUACGGUAGUUCUCGACACACAAGAUAUAAAGAGAGAUAGGGUAAAGAAAAGGAGAUCAUAGUGGGAUUAAGAGGGGAAAAAAAAGGCAAUUAUAGUAUAACGCCAGAGUAAG